GUGACCAGCAUGCUGAUCACCUUCUGUUCCCAUUGGCUAAAAAGAGCGGUGGGCUGGACUGUCGAGAAGAGCCCGUCUCAUUUUCAAGUCGGACCAUAGAGAGACAAUAGGAGACCGCUAGUGGAGGAACGCACCGACUCCGUCUGCCGAGUCAAGUGGAAUUGCUCCACACCGCCAAUUAGUCGUCAGAACGGAAUCAGAAUUUAUCAGUUUUGGGGGACACAGAUGCGAGAGCUUGGACAAAGCGCCGGUGAACACUAUAACAUGAAAUGUCUUCUGCGUCCUAAAGCGGCAUCCUUCGCGUCUUUGGCCACAUUUACAAAACAGUGGACAGAUUGAAUGUGACCGCCACCGACUUAGCCACUCCUCUUCCUGUCUGCACCAGCCUUCGCCUCUUCCUCCCAGCACAGCAUGAGCUCCUCCCCCGUGAUGUCCAGCCCUCCAAUCAACAUCGUGGAGGAGCUGCAGGUGAUCACGGCCCAGAACCUGGAGCGGCUGGAGGUCAGCAAGUACUAUGAGGUCAUCAGAGAGCUGGGCAAGGGCACCUACGGCAAGGUGGACCUAGUGGUGCACAAGACCCGAGGCACCAAGAUGGCCUUGAAGUUCCUGAAGAAGCGUACGACGAAGCUGCGCAGCUUCCUGCGCGAGUACAGCAUCUCGCUCUACCUCUCGCCGUGCCCCUUCAUCAUCAGCAUGUUCGGCAUCGCCUUCCAGACCGACGACUACUACGUCUUCGCACAGGAGUACGCCGUGGCCGGGGACCUCUUCGACAUCAUCCCGCCACAGGUGGGUCUCCCGGAGGCAGUUGCCAAGCGCUGCGUUCACCAAGUGGGCAUCGCCCUGGACUACAUGCACUUCAAGCAGCUGGUGCACCGCGACAUCAAGCCGGAGAACGUGCUCAUCUUCGACCGCGAGUGCCGCAAGGUCAAGCUGUCCGACUUCGGCAUGACGCGGCGCGCCGGCUCGCCCGUCAAGCGGGUCAGCGGCACCAUCCCGUACACGGCACCGGAGCUGUGCGGCGCGGCCGAACCCGCCGAGGGAUUCAGUGUAGAACCCGCCACGGACGUCUGGGCGUUCGGCGUCCUGCUGUUCUGCAUGCUGACGGGCAACUUCCCCUGGGAGAAGGCCCUGCCCUCCGACGCCUUCUACGAUGAGUUCUCGCGCUGGCAGCGGGCACAGCGGCGCGGCGUCCUCGGGGGCAUCACCGGGUCACCGGGACCUGUACCGUCCCAGUGGCGGCGCUUCACUGACGAGGCGCUGCGCAUGUUCCGGAAGCUGCUUGCGCUCGAUCCGCAGCGGCGCUGCUCGGUGAAGGAGGUGUUUCACCACUUCGGACGCCGCUGGAUGGUGGACAGUGAUCUGGGGAUCGGAGUCGGUGUCGGUGUGGGUGCUUCUGGUACUGCGUCUGCUAAUGCUAGUAGCGCGAGCGGUGGUGGUGGUAGUGGUAAUUACAUGGGUAGCCACCAGGGGGGGCUGAGUUCCACUUCAGAGGAGGAUGAGGAGGAUGAGGACCUGCUUGUGGACCGCAUGAAGCAGCAGACUCUAUCGCCUGGCGUCGGGGUGUGCGGAGGCCCCAAAGCAGGAGGUGGCGCCAUGGAGACAGGGUCACCACAGGGUCAUCACUACGGCAACACUAUGGGGGGUGUGCCUCCGGGAGGAGGGUAUGAGCGCAUGCCCAGAGACAACAGCUCGGGCGGUCGCAUCCUGGUCACUACGCCAAUUGAGAUCUGUGUGUAGACACUGUAUGUAGACAAUGUACAGAGAGACAAUGUGUACACAGAUGUCAACACACACACACUCACGUGCAAACGCAUAUGGACGCCAAAAAAAACAUGAAAGGAGCAAAUAUGAACAUGACUGGACACUGAUUGACAUACAUGGAAAUACACACACACACACACACACACACACACACACACACACACACACACACACACACACACACACACACACACACACACACACACACACACACACACACACAUAAGUGGACACAUCACGCAUGGAGGAACAAUUCCACUUUUCACUCUAACAAACCUUCUCAAAUCUUCCAGACUGAUUCUGAAAAUCAGCCUUCCUGGAUCUGAAGCUAUCUGUCUGUGUCUGUCUGUGGACUACUUUACUGUUAUCAGUGGUGUUCUCUUGUAAACAUUCCUAAUUGUAACAGAUGUUUCUAUAGACAGAUCAGAUGGUGUGGUAGAGAUUGCUCACCUUCCUAAAAAACACACACAACAUACCAGUAGACAGCCUGCUUCUGAAGGACAAACUAAUGGCAAUUACACAAGAAGUUAUGAAGCUGACAUUUUGAAAAGGUGAGAGUAGGAGACCUAGAGCAAAAAAAAUGAAAGCAAUAUUACCUGACGAGCAAAAAAGAGGUGACCUUGACAGGGAAAAACAAACAAUUACAUCAUUCUGGUGUUCACUAAAAUUCAUGGCUGCAAAAAAACAGUUUUCAUGAGUUGAACAAAACUACAAAGAACAUACAGAAAGUAUUCACUGCCCAUAAGAUUAUUUUUUACAAUGCCUCAAAGGUUUUUAUUCGUUGAUGGAUUAAUGAGGGAUAUUUCAUUACCAGAACAUUGAAGUUGGUGUUCGAGAUAUACACAGCUCAAAACGAAGCUUGGAUUCAGGUGCAGUUAUAGAGACUGUUGCUUUUGUCUGAAAUGUAUGUACUGUAGCUUGCCAUACCAUCAGUUUGAAAACAGACACAAUGAAGAUCAGUUGGAAAAGGGCACUUUAUCUUUAACCGCAAAAUGGACAAUGAUUCACACUCAUUCAUUAUGUUCCAUUCAUUAAGUUCCAUGGUACGCACUACAUGUUCCAAGAUCUACUAAAAUGAUUCAACAUGUUAUUAUUAUUAUUAAUUUAUUUCACCGUGACUCAAAAUAUAAGUAAUUUUAAUUUCUUUAUCAUUUUAGCUUGUUCUUUACAUUUUCUGCUCGUCCUUUUGCAGUGCACAAUGCACAGUAUUGUCCUGUUAAUACUGUACAAGCCAUUUUAACCAUCA